AUGCGUGACCCCUCGCUUUACACACGAGCCCUAAUAAUCUGCCAAGGAUCAGUAACUGCCAUUUACAUUGCCUCCGGGACUGUCAUCUACUACUACUGCGGGUCCUAUAUCGCAUCGCCCGCCCUCGGCUCAGCCGGCGCCCUAAUCAAGAAAGUCUCGUACGGAAUCUCCCUCCCUGGCCUAGUAGUCAGCACGAUUGUCAUUCUACACUUCCCAAGCAAAUACAUCUUCGUCCGCAUCCUGCGCGGCUCAAAGCACCUCACUUCCAACUCCUUCGUACACUGGGCGACCUGGCUCAGCUGCACCUUGGCGAUCACAAUAGCCUCGUAUCUCAUAGCCAGCGGAAUUCCUAUUUUUGGAGAUCUCGUCUCCUUGAUUGGUGCUCUUCUCGGAACGUUCAUGUCCUUCCAACCAAUGGGGUGCAUGUGGCUCUACGAUAAUUGGAAACGGGGCCGAGAGCAGCCCACGACUAAAUGGAUGCUUCUGGCCGCCUGGAGCAUUGCGGUUGUUGCUCUGGGCUCGUUUCUAAUGGUUGCCGGGACUUACGGGUCCAUUAAUAGCAUUAUCGCGUCUAGUAAGGCAGCAUCGGGGGCGUCGGCGUGGUCAUGCGCUGAUAAUUCGAACUCGUGA